AUUGUUCGACUUAGAAUACGACUUACGUACCCUUCAAAAGUUUUGGAGAAAAAAACGCAAAAAUUUGGUGAUAAACACAAGAAAAAUUUAAGAUAUUAAUUUCUUAAUCCUUCAUAAUGGAAAAAAUAAAUAUUUUGAAUCAUUGUUUAGCAUGCUUUCUAGUUAUUCAAAUAAGCUCUACAUUAGCUCAAAAUCCAGUCAGAGAAACAAACUAUAAUAGGAGAGAACACUCGCUCAUAAAACCAUUUUUAACUGCCGGCCUUACUGUUCCAUAUUGGGAUUAUACUGGCUCCGUAAUGUUCACACAGUCAUAUGUUCGACUUACGCCUGAUGAACAGUCAAUGAGUGGCGCUAUUUGGAACCAAAUUCCAUGCUGGAGUCGCAACUGGGAAAUAAUCUUAAGCUUCAAAGUCGCCGGUAAAGGAAAGGAUUUAUUUGGUGAUGGAUUUGCCUUUUGGUAUGCUAAAGAUCGAAUGAUUGUCGGUCCGGUAUUCGGAAGUAAAGAUUUAUUUAGCGGUCUUGCAAUUAUUGUUGACACAUAUUCUAAUCAUAAUGGACCACAUAAUCAUCAACAUCCGUUUAUAUCAGCGAUGGUAAAUAAUGGAACGUUGAGUUAUGAUCAUGAUAGAGACGGAACCCAUACACAAAUUGCUGGAUGUGAGGCUCGUUUUAGAAACGUUGAAUAUGAAACGCUACUGAAGAUUCGUUAUGACAACGAUGUUCUAUCAGUAUUUACUGAUUUAGAAAACAAAAAUAAUUGGAAGGAAUGUUUCACAGUUGAUGGUGUUGAACUGCCGACUGGAUAUUUCUUUGGUGCCAGUGCAACAACCGGUGAUUUGUCGGAUAAUCAUCUCAUUAAUUCGAUUAAAUUCUAUGAGCUUGAUGGAGUAACAACAUUUGAACGUGCAGACAUAAUCCCUCGAGCUACUAAAUUCGAGGAACCUCGUGAACAUGUCGACGAUCCAAAACCAGGUUGGAGUAACUUGAAGAUUUUCUGUAUGUUAAUGUUUGGUAUGAUUGGAGCUGUCAUUCUUUCCAUUGCCGGCUACAUGUAUUACGAAAAGUAUCAGCAGAACAAAAAGAAAAGAUUCUACUGAGACAAGUCUAAGCGAACUCAAUUGCGAACUGAGAGACAACGAAAAGUGAAUUGAACAAAUGAGAAUGGAAAAUGCCUGCAGUUGAGCUCGAAGAAACAAACUUUUAGAGAACAAAUACCAAAAACAUUUUUCACUUUUUUUAAUAUAUCAUAAAUUUUCAUUGUAAAACAUGAAAUCUUCAAUCUAUAUUCAUAAAUUUUCAAUUAUCACACACAUCAUCAUUCAUGAGACUUUAAAUUUACGCUUCUUAUUUUUUGUUUUGUUUAUGAGUUAAAAUAAGCGCUUUUUUAUUUAAGUGGCUUCAUGGGGGUUAAUUUUGCUUAUCACGUCAUCAUUGUUAAUGCUUGCAAUUAUUUUUUUAUUGCACGUCUACACACAACAGUAAGGAUAUUAGAUCAGUUUUGAAAUGGAAUAUAAAAUAAACUUUUUUCUUCUCUUUUGACUUUUACACAAUUUAAAGACGUCAUUAGUGAAUUUCCCCCUGCCAUACAAUUGUUAAUUAAAUUUCAAAUGGAGAUAAAAGUGAUAACUUAGGACAAGGUAUAAAAACCAUUGAUAAUUAGAUAACGGAUGAGAAAUCUUUAGAUAAUAAAGAACAAAUCUUCAAAAAUUCAUCUUCAAAUAUAUUUAUUCAUUCAUUUGUAGAUUCUAUAAUUAAAACAGACAUUUCAGGAAACGAUUAUAAUUUAUAUUAUGUUUAACAGUUUAUCUCUCAUCAAAAAAGUUAUAAACGUUUCCUUACAACAAAAACUAAAAAACAUAAAACUUAAUUCACAAAGCGUUAAGAUUCAUUUGAAUGUGACGAGAGGAUUAAACAAUACAUUGAGAAGAUAUUUCAAUGCUCUUUGUAGAUCUUUAAUUCGAUUGUUCAUUUUCAGAUUGCUUUUAAGAGUUGAAGGGGAUAAAGAAUUGUCAGCACAAUGAAGACAACCAAUGGAGGUCAGUUCAACGACUGUGUAACGUUUUCUUUUUAGUACGUCAGUGUCAUAAGACUUUUGUGCUGAAAAUUCAUCAACUUUUGAGUUAAGCGACGUUCUCAAGAUUCCUUUGAACCAAAUCUUAUCAGACGCAUUGAGUCGUUGCGUAAAAUUACCAAAUUCAUGUUCAGCUUUGAUGAGAACUUUUGAUUCAUGUCUCGUGUUUAGAUUAAGUAUUCCAGAUGAUGACGAAGGAACUUUAACUUCAAUUUCAUAUUCGUAAGUAUUCCAUUUAUCGACAUUACAUUUCUUUUGUCCCUCAAUAAAAUCUUUAAUCUCGCAAUGUUCACCAUCAAAACAAUUCACUUGAUUCAGUUCACCAAAGUAGCAGAUUAGAUAAUUGGAGAGAAUUUCAGGAAUGUAAUUCAUUAAAACGUCACGUCUCCAAUUCUUGGCAUUUCCAAUGCUUACAUCCGAGACAAUACCGUCCCAAUAAACUUCCGAUCCAUCGAGAUGUGAACAACGAAUUUGGGUGCUGAUUCGAUUUGAAUGUGAUGAACUCAAACAAUAUUUGUGAUAAAAGUCCCAAUUGAGUGAAUUUGUGUCAUCAAGUGAAUCGAGAAUUCUUUGGUUUUGUUCAUUUUUUGAUUCCGUUGACGAUUGUUGUAUAUAUGAAGCAUAUAAUGUCUCGUUAUUCCCCAUAAUGUAAGGUCGAAACAAGAAGCAACUGGCGAGAAUGCAUAACAAGAUUUGCACCAAUGUCACGUAUUUUCCAACACGAUUUGAUAUUGCCAUAAAACAUGAUCCAAUUAUUGCAAUGAUUGAUGUAGAAAUCGUUACGAAAAUUCGAUUUGUUGCGUCUGUCAAAGACAUCCAUUCAACAGCAGCAAAAACAGGAAUCAAAAGUGUGACUAAUCCAAACAAUGGAAGAAAGAAGAAAAUUCCUGCUAAAGCUAAUGAUGAACGAAUCAUUCCGAAAGUUGUUGAUGAUUGUGCACUGAUAAUGCUAAUUUGAAGCCAUGCUAAAGUCACACAAUGAGGUAUUAAAAAUUGGAAAAUUCCUUGCCAAUUACGACGUUUUGCGAGGAAGAACAUGAAGACAGGAAUCAUGAGAUAAAGAAGUCCACGACUGUUCAUUGAAAAUUCAAUUCCAGACCCGAUAACAUACGUCGAGAAUCCAGGAAGCUUCAAAUCGAGAAAUCGCCAUUUAUUCGUCACAACUGUAUCCAACUCAUAUGGAUAUUUCGCUAAUACAUUCAGUGCAAAUGAAAACAGCAUUAAAAGAUCAGGAACACUUGACGAUGACGUGUACAUGAAGCAAAACAUUGUCAAAAAGGUCAACACAAAAGCCACAACAGUUAUUUCUGAAUGUGGCAACCAUUGAUCAGAAAUCAAUGGAAAUAACAUCAAAUUAGCAGCAAAUGAUGUGAAAAACCAUAAAUAUGGUUUCAUGUUGUUUCUCAAGUAAAGAUUUUCUGAAUCUCUUGCAUUGACAUGAUCAUCAUAACUUAAAAACAAUCCUGACCAAAUACGAAAGUCUAUGAAUUCAUGUUUUGUUUUCAGCAUCUUGAAGCUUGACACAAUCAUAAUAGAAAGUGAAAUAUAAUAAGCGAUGGUAGGCAGAAAAAUUGAGAAGUUGUCAGUAGAUGUGAUGGCAUAUGCAAGAACAAUGAAGAUUUGCAAUCUGGUGUUGAAUGUUCCUGGUACUGAUGAGAAUAUUGUGAUAAAUUGAUGAUAAAGAAGCGCAAAGAACAUCGUUGGAUGGAAAAAAGGUCGAUGCAAGCAUGGAACAUGAUCAAGUGAUUGUGGAUGAGGUAUUGAGACAGCAAGUGCUUGAUUGACUGUUGGAAUGAUUCCAUUUGAAUAAUUAUGUGCAGCUGAUAGGAGAUUUGCUUCGGAAAUGUGAUUACUAUCAUCCAUGAUUCGAUCCCUUGGUGAAUUAAAAUGAGCUGGUGAAGAUGACGAGCUGCUGUUUGCAUCAUCAUCAGCGUCUUUAUCUUUAAUCGGGAUAUUUCCAUUGUUCGAAGGUCCAGGAACAUCUUCAUGCUUUUUCUUCUUCUUUUGAAGUUUAUAAAUCUCACGCAUUCGUUUUUCAAGUUGUUCGACUGUCACAAAUUCUUCACCACCAGAAAGUGAAGCAAACAAUUCCUGAGCUGCUCGUUUGGCUGAUCUUUCACUUGGAGUCAUUGAUAAGAAUUUUCUUACAUCAUUUUCAUUCGCUGCUGUAAUCCCUCUUCCAGUACGAAAACAUGCUCCAAGUAAUUCGAGAGCCAUUUCAUGUCCUUGUUCUGCUGCUUUUUUGAGAUAUCCGAUGCCUUGAAUUUGUCUUGCGAUCUCUUCGGUGUCUUCUAAAAGUUGUUUUCCAAGAUCGUAUUGAACUUCACUGGAGCCAUCAUUAGCCAAUUGAUAUUUUAAAUUUUUGAGCAAUUUUUUGUCUUCUAUUUCCCAUCUUCUUCGCUGUUUUCCGGGAUCUGAAGAAUUAGAAUCAUUGUUUAUCCAGCCUGGCAUCUCUUAAGUACGGUUUUGACUAUUUUAUCAACCUGAA